UUUGUAGCUUGUGUUUAAUUCGUAUUGUUUGCCGUGCUUUUGUAUUCGCCAUCGUGGAUACACUUCAGAAAAAGAAGCACAUCGCCGAUGUACAUUUUCAUCGGUUGACGUUCUGACAGUUCUGCUUUUCUCCUCCGACAGUAAUAUUUUUCAGCGAGACGAUUAUCCGAACGUCGACAUGUAUUUAAAGACAUGGAAGGAAUUUGAAACCGCUUCGUACAAUCUGCUCCUCAAAGAUCCUACCAGGGUCAGAUGCACUAUGAAGUAUUGCCAUAGUGAAUCAACUGUGCAAUUAAAAGUAACAGAUGAUAUUUCGUGCUUGCAGUUUAAAACCUCAGAUAUACAAAAUGUAAAAAAAAUCGAAGUAUUUUAUGCUACAAUUAUGAAACAAAUAACAUCUAAUGAACUUUGA